UAGGGCAUCAGCAUGGCAAACGAUGGAACUGGCAGCCGCAGAAGAAAUAAAAAUGGCUAAAGAUGCUGGGAACGUUGACGAAAACGGCAUUCCAUGCAUAACCGUUGUUACAGAUGGAGCCUGGAGUAAAAGGUCGUAUAACGUUAAUUACGAUGCCAUGUCCGGAGUCGUAAGUAAUAAGUUGUAAUAAAACAGCUGCAAUCUAUAUAACAUUAUUUCAUACUGUUGCAUUGUUAAUUAUUGUUUUAGGCUUGUAUUAUUGGAUACAAUACGGGUAAACUAUUAUUUCUUGGAGUCAGAAAUAAAUAUUGCUCCAUUUGUUCAUGGCAUGAGAGCAAAGAACAAGAAACUCCAACACAUAGAUGCUUUAAAAAUUGGACGGGCAGUUCAACAGCUAUGGAAACAGAUAUCAUAGCAGAGGGUUUCAGAAAUAGCCUUAAUCAAUAUGGUAUAAAAUAUUCUAAAAUGGUUGGUGAUGGUGAUUCCUCUGUAUAUAGGAAACUGUUAGAAAUAAGACCAUAUGGAAAUUGCUUGGUGCAGAAAAUUGAAUGCAAAAAUCAUAUUUUAAGAAAUUUUGCCAAAAAAAUACGAGAAAUCAGCAGCAAGAAGAGAAGUAAUUCUCAAAAUAAACCUGUGCCAAUAACUCUAAGAAAAUGUGUUCUGUCUAGGUUUAUGCGCCUCAGAAGUGCGAUCACGAAAGCAACAACCUACCGAAUCGGAGAAAACACAAGUUUAGAAGAAAAAGUUCAGUUGCUCCGAAAUGAUAUAAAUAAUGCGCCCAGUCAUGUUUUUGGAGAGCACAACCUUUGUAAAACUAUAAAAUAUUUUAAAUGCGAGGGUCAAGAUACAAAUAUAAUACCCGUUAUGAAAGAAUGUGGUAUCUAUGAAGACGUAAUGAGUGCCCUUCAAAGAGUUAUUGACAAUGCAAGUAGUCUUAUUAUGAACAUGGACAAUAACUUGGCAGAGCACUAUAACAGCGUUGUGUGUAAAUUCAUUGGGGGUAAAAGAAUAAAUUUUUCAUUAAGAGGGUCAUAUCAGACGAGGUGCGAAGCGGCAGCACUAUCGUUCAAUUCGGGUGGUGAAUACCAUCGAAUGAUAAAUAAAACAAUGUUUGGCAAUAGUCCAAAAGGCUUUUAUAAAAAAUUUUAUUUAAAAAAGAAAAAAGAGCACGCCAAAAUUAAAGCUAGAAGAACUUUGUUUCCAAAAAAAAAAAGAAAUCGGCUAAACAAAACCUGCCAGAUCAGGAUUACGGCCCCAAUGCCAACUAUCUGCCCUUAAAUCCAAAUAGCGACGAGUAUAAACAGAAGGCACAAGAUUUUAUAACAUCUCUCGCAAAAACGCCCGGCGAAAUAAAAAAAAUUGAGAGAAAUACGUUGGGGCAAAAGUCUAAUCCUCAAUGGAUUCAAGAAAGAUUGGUAAGGCUUACAGCUUCGAAUUUUGGGCAAAUUUGCAAAAUGAGAUCCACUACUUCGCCUAUUAAUACAAUUAAAAAUUUACUGUAUGGAAACUUUUUUGGCAAUAAGGCUACUCGGUAUGGAAAUGAAAACGAAUCAAAGGCUUUGUUGGAAUUUGAAAAAAAAUUCAAUCUAAAAGUUAACGAGAGUGGUUUCCAUAUCGAUCAGCAAUAUCCAUUUUUGGGUGCAAGUCCAGAUGGUCUCAUAGGGGACCAAGCCCUUAUUGAAAUUAAAUGCCCUCUAUCUAUCAAGGAACAC